GCACGACAAAUGAAAAAACAAGAAUGGAAAAUUAGUGGGGUCCACAAAAGAUUUCAAAUUAAAGAAGAAAUCCCCCAGAGUGGCAGCUGGCCUUCUGCUGCCUCUUCAGAACACAUUCACAUGAACACAACGCAGACACUGCGAGAGAGAGAGGCGAGUGACAAGAACCCUACAUCGAUUUCAGAUCUCUCGGCUUAAUCGAGAAAGUUUUAUCGUGGGCUUUGCUUUUUCUGUCUUCUUUUUGCUUGCAGAACCUUGGAGAUCUUUUCUGUGGAGCUCCUUUCAUGGCUUCUCAAUCGCGUUUUCGGGAUCGAUGAGUGUAAUAAAGCCCUUUCUAUGAUUCAUCUUCGUUCGCUUCGCCAUUUUUAUUCUGGAUUAAUGGCAGCGAAAAUUUCUGGUCAGGUGUCUGCCAUGCUUAUUGGGUCAGUUUUCUGACAGAUUUUCCCCCAUUGUGAUAUUGUACGCCAUGGGUAGUUCCAAUCCAAAUCAACCGAGAACACGAGAUUCUUCUCUGAUGAAUUGUUGUCUUUGAUCUGGAAGGUUGUGAAUUAGCGAAGAGUUGAUCAGUUCGUCUACCGUUCAACGAUUCCGAGGAGGAGAAUGUUGUGUGCUUGUUCCGGCGAACAAUUCCGGUUGGAGGAGCCGCCACAGUCGCCGGAUUCUCUGGCCACAAGAGAUUUCUCGGCGAGGGGGCUUUCCUCCAGAACCGGAAAUGGCGACUGGGACUCCAAACUGGAAGAGAUUCAGGUCGAUGAAGCUGAAUCCACUCUGAAGGAGGCUCUCUCACUGAACUACGAGGAAGCUAGGGCUUUGCUUGGUAGGCUUGAAUACCAGAGAGGGAACUUCGAUGCAGCUCUUCAGGUGUUCCAAGGGAUUGACAUUAGGGCAUUGACUCCGAGAAUGAUCAAAGCCAUCAAGGAGCGAACUCGGCCCCGCAAACCACGUUCCAGAAUCGACAUCGUGCCACCGAGCGUAAUGUCGAUGCAUUCAGUAAGCUUGCUUCUCGAAGCAAUCUUCCUCAAAUCGAGAUCACUCGAGGAACUCGGGUCCUACAGAGAGGCUGCUGUGGAAUGUAAGAUAAUUUUUGACACAGUUGAAUCAGCAUUUCCAAAGGGUAUGCCCGGCGGAAUCAGCCAAGUCUGUAAACUGCAGGAUGUGUUCCAUAAGGCCCUUGAAUUGCUUCCAUGUCUAUGGACAAAAGCCGGGCAUCUCCAUGAAACUAUAGCUUCAUAUCGUCGAGCUUUAGUCAAGCCAUGGAAUUUAGAUCCUCAGAAACUAGCCGCCACACAGAAAGCUCUGGCUUCUGUUCUACUGUAUGGAGGUGUUGAGGCAAGCUCUAAGGACAACACACAGGAAGCUAUACUGUUGCUGCUAAUCCUCGUGAAAAAGGCGGUGGUAGGAGAAAUAGAAUGGGAUCCAGAACUCAUGGAUCAUCUGAGUUUCGCCCUUUCGGUAACCGGGCAGUUUGAGUUGCUGGCUAACUAUGUGGAGCAGAUACUUCCAGGUGUAUACACACGGGGAGAGAGAUGGUACUUCCUCUCUCUCUGUUAUAGUGCUGCAGGAGACAAUGAAGCAGCCAUAAACUUGUUGAAGAAAGCUUCAGGUCCUUCUGAAGCACGGCAAGCACCACAAGCUUCUUCCUUAUUGCUUGGAGCAAAGUUGUGCUCUGAAGAUACGAAAAACUCGAGGGACGGUAUAGAUUUUGCUCAUAGGCUGCUAGAUUUGGCGAAUAACCAGAGCGAACAUCUUCUGGGUCGAGCUCACAGGUUCCUUGGUGCCUGCUAUGGAAAUGCGGCUAGAAUUUCCAUGUCAGACUCUGAAAGAGUUUUCUUUCAGAAGAAAUUUCUGCAAUCUCUAAACCGUGCAGCUAAGAAUGCCGAGGAUGACCCCGAAGUUAUAUUUGACCUAAGUGUCGAAAAUGCCGUUCAGAGAAACCUCAAGACAGCAUUGGAUGGUGCAGUUGAGUAUUCUAGUACAGUGGCAGGAGUCUCGGCAAGAGCGUGGAAGCACUUGUCUCUCGUGCUUUCGGCAGAGAAACGGCUCGAGGAUGCAGAAAAUGUUCUCGAGUUUGCCAUGGAAGAGGCUGAUGAGAUUGAACAGUUGGAGCUUCUUAAAUUGAAAGCUGUGCUUCAGAUGGCUCAAGAUCAGCCUAAGCAGGCAAUUAGGACAUACAGCACGAUGCUAACCAUAAUCCGGGCACAAGCUCAACCUGAAGGAAAAAAAUCCAAUCAAUAUGAGGAUCGGAGGAGAAACUUCGAAAUGGAAGCUUGGCAAGACUUAGCUUCCAUCUAUGGAAACCUGGGUUCAUGGUCAGAUGCAGAAACAUGUCUGGAAAAAGCAAAAUCUAUCGCCUUCUAUUGUCCUCGAGGCUGGCAUGCAACAGGUUUGUCCCUUGAAGCUAGAUCACUUCAUGAAGAAGCUCUAGCAUCUUUCUUCCUAUCGCUAUCGAUAGAACCAGAUCACGUACCCAGCAUCGUCUCUACAGCAGAGGUUAUGGUGAAAUCCGGAGGCGAAUCCCUUGCAAUUGCUAGGAGCUUUCUGAUGAACGCCUUACGAUUAGACCCGACUAAUCACGAGGCAUGGAUGAAUCUAGGGCUCAUUGCCAAAAUGCAAGGGUUACCUCAGCAAGCUGCAGAGUUUUAUCAAGCUGCGUAUGAACUCAAGCUAUCAGCUCCUGUACAGAGCUUCAUAUGAUUCCAAGGAAAUCUUCAGCUUGGACCAUGAUGAUACAAAUAUUGCCAAACCCAUAUAAUGGUUGAGCAGUAGUAGAUUCUAUACAUGAUCUUGUAUAGACAAAUCUCUUUGAGAUAUAUAUAGGUAUCGUUAUUGGAGUCGUAACUAAACUGAGCAUUCUUAAGCAUUCUUCUAUCAA